AUGGACGACAAAAGUGGACUGCCGCCUUACCAAGCUCACGCGGAGCCCCCGCGCUGGCGACGACAUAAACCGCGUCGGGCCAGGGCAUUUCGCUUCUUGGCACUGGGUUGUUUGUGCUUCAUCGCGUUCGCCCAAUGGAAGCAGCUGUCGCAACGACGUCCCGUCAAUGCAGAGCUCACAGUACACGGUCUCUCAGUAAAGCGACUGCAGGAGGAUCUUGCCGUGUGUGCGAAGAUCAACAGGGUGCCAGAUGAUCCCAUCGGCGCUGGGAGAGAGCGUAAUGCCCGGUACAUUGAUGGGCACGCGCCCACGCUGAUCAAGAAUGCUACGGUUUGGGUGGGCGAGCCAGCGCCUGGCACCUCUGAUGAGGAUGCUCGCAAGGGGGUCGGCUACUCGUGGAUUACCGCCGAUGUGUAUCUCGCAUACGGCCUCAUCCAGAGGGUGGAAUCCUCUAUUGCCGUCUCUUCGGUCGCUUCCAAUGCCCUAGUCUUCAACGCCGAGGGCCGGCCCCUCACCGCGGGCAUCAUCGACAUGCACAGCCAUGCGGGCGGCUCCCCCCUUCCCGAGUCGUGGGGCAAUGAGGAUCUCAACGAGAUGGCGUCCGACAUCACCCCCUACGUCCGGUCCAUCGACGGUAUCCACCCGAACGACCACCAGAUCCAGGUGAUCAAGUCGGGCGGCGUCACCACUAGCCUGAUCCUGCCGGGGUCCGCUAAUAAUAUGGGCGGCGAAGCCUACGUGAUCAAGCUAGCCGUGGGCAAACCCGACGGCCGCAACGAGACGAGCGCUGUCGACCUACUAGCCGACCCGGACCGCAACUGGCGGUUCAUGAAGAUGGCCUGCGGCGAGAAUCCCAAGCGCGUGUACGGUAAGCCGGGCACGCAGGGCCCAACCAGCCGGUUGGGCGAGAGCUGGGAGUUCCGCCAGGCCUUUGAGCAUGCUACCAAGUACGUGCAGGAGCAGAAUGACUGGUGCACCGCCGCGGCUGGGGGGAUCGAGCAAGUGCGGACGUACCUCCCGCAAGAGCUCCGCUGGGAAUCGUUGGGCGCCCUGCUGCGGCACCAGGUCCGGCUGAACACACACUGCUACACGAUUUCAGACCUAGAGGCGUUUGUGGACCACACGAACGAGUUCAAGUUCAAGGUCCGGGCGUUCCACCACGCUCAUCAAACUUAUCUUGUGCCAGAGAUCCUCAAGCGGGCUUACGGCGAUGAACCCCCGGCCUCAGCCCUGUUUGCCGACAACAUGUGGUACAAAUCCGAGGCCUACACGGCAUCGGAAUACGCCGGCAAGAUCCUGUACGACGCCGGUUUGGAAACCGUUUACGUCAGCGACAACCCGGUUCUCAACGCCCAGCACGUGGUCUUCGAGGCGGCCAAAGGGUACAAGUACGGAUUGCCGUACCACGCCGCGCUCGCUGCCGUUACUACGGGUCCAGCUGCUCGACUUGGCUUCGGGAACCGGCUCGGCAAAAUCAAGUCGGGCUUUGACGCCGAUGUCGUCGUCUGGGACAGUGACCCCCUCAGCGUGGGUGCGACGCCGGUGCAAGUCUGGAUCGACGGGACUGCGCAGUACGAGAACCCGGUAGUGCUGGAGAAGGGUCCUGCACAGGUAAUUGUUCCGGAUGCCUCCUUGUCUAAGAUUCCCGGGGAACCCGUGUCUCUGGAUGAAGUUGUCUUCACCGGCAUUUCCAGGGUCCUUUUAGCCGGCCGUGAGGAAAGCUUGUCUGCCAACAACACGGUGGUGGUAUCCAAAGGCGAGAUCGCGUGCAUCGGGGCCUGUGAAGCAGAACUCCGUGCUGCCACUGAAUCCAAGACGCCCAUCAUCAAGCUCAACAACGGGUACGUUACCGAAUCGCUGACUGCUUUUGGCUCGACAAUCGGCCUCAACGCCAUCGAUGCUGAGAAGGACACGGACAAUGGCAACAACGGAAACGCAUUCACCCGCGCCGAGGAUGGACUCGCCCUCGACACCAACAAGACCAACACAGCCUACAACUACGGCGUCACCAAGGCCAUCUCCGCCCCCAAACUCAGGGGUCAAGACACCCACCACGGCACCAGCGUCGGCUUCCUGACUGGCGCUCGGACUCCCUUAGACCAAGACGCCAUCUUCUCCCCAGACGCGGCAGUGCACUACACCCUCACCCCGACCAUCAAAUCAGCCGGGCAGCCCGACAUCUCUUCGAUCUCCGCUGCAGUCGGUGCCCUCCGCCGCAAGCUCCUCACAGCCGUGUCCACCCGCACCGAGUCCAUCCCAGACACCUACUCCGAGUCCUUCUACCUACAGCGUGUCGUCAACGGUACCCUGCCGCUCGUCCUCACCGUUCACUCAGCCGACGUGAUCGCCGCCGUUCUCAAAGUCAAACAUGCCGUCGAAGACGCCCUCCAGCAGCAGCGUGAUACCACCACCACCGCCCUCCGUCUCGUCAUCCACGGUGGCGCCGAGGCACACCUGUUAGCCCCACAACUCGCGGCCGCCCACGUCGGCGUCAUCCUAGCCCCACUCUUUUCUUAUGCUGUCACAUGGGACCAGCGCCGCGCCCUCUCCGGCGCGCCGCUGACGAACGGCACCGCAAUCGAUGCGCUACUCGCAGCUGGGGUGCGCACGGCGGUGGGACUGGAAGAGGACUGGUGGGUGAGGGAUCUGGGACUGCUCGCGGGGAUUGCGCAUAAGAAUGGACAGGGAAGGAUUGAUGAACGGGAGGCGUUAGGGUUGGUAGGGGGGAAUUUGUUGGAGUUGUUGGGGGUUGAGAAGGAGGAGCUGGCGCCGAGGCACUUUGUGGUUUGGGAGGGUAGUCCGUUGGAGAUUGGGGGACGGGUGAAGGGGGUUAGUGGGGGAAGGGGGUGGGUGGAUGUUUGGGAGUAG